AUGGAGCCUAUUAUGGAUCCUACCCAAUCAUUUUUCGACGCAUUUGUCGAUGUGCCUUGCGAUCAAGACUCGCAAAAGCCUAAUUCGAGCCCCGUCGGUGUGCCUUCUAAUGAAGGCCGUAUCCUGGGCCUCGAAGAAUGGAAAAUUCCCGAGACAGGUUUCCCCAAUGACCUUUGGGAACUCGCUCGUGCUAAUGGAUAUCACUUCGAGGGAGAGGACAACACGUCCGGCUCGACUUUCGAAGAUGCCUUUGUCCCACUCGGUGAGGACCCUGUCCUUGGCCCAGCGACUCUGGAUCACCUGGAGCUUCACGGUGGCUUGUGUAAUCCCAUCGUCGUUGAUGAUGAUGUGCCCAAACUGAGCACUUCCGCCAAACUGAGCACUUCCGCCAAACUGAGCACUUCCGCCAAACUGAGCACUUCCGCCAAACUGAGCACUUCCACCAAACUGAGCACUUCCACCAAGCAGCCUAGCAUAGUCUAUCCGCUGGAUACCCUCUUGUCUCUCGAAAACGCCGACCUGGGUCCUCCCCUUGCAUUCAUCCGACCUGCUUGCGCCACUUAUGCUCCAGUCACUCAACAUACUCAAGCCAUCAUUGAUCCGGCUGUUAAAGUUGCUCCUGUCACCGCUGCUCCUGUUACUACCGCUCCUAUCACUGCUGCCCAUGUCGCUCGAGUCGCUGCAGUCACGCAAUUCGCUGCUAAAUUCACCCAGCGCGCUUCGGUCAUCAGUGAUCCCACUGUUCAAGUCACUCCUGCCACUGAUGCCCCGGUUAUCCAAGCGACCCAUUCAGUCAGCGACAUCGCCAAUAUUGCUCCAGCUCCUCCUGCCACCCCCAGCUCAGCAACUGAAACGGUCAAGGUCUUUGAUUGGUCACAAGGCAAACCGGGCCCUAAUCCUAAGCAGUCACCCAAUAAGGCAGCCAAGCGGGUCCCUAAGAGGAAGCAAGAUGACGAGCUACACAAGAAACAGAAGAAGACAAAAGUGCAAAGCACCCCACGCAAGGCGAAGGGAAAAACAAUCUUGGCCUCAGUCACGCCAUCUCAGAAAAUUGCGUCUGCCCCGAUGACACCAAUGACUCAGUUCUCUGCCCCGAUGACCCCUGUUUCUACCUUGAUGACGCCAGUGGCAGCAGCCCAUCCCAGUCAACAGAACCAGCUUGAAAUCCAUGAGCGUCUUCAAAAUGAAGAGAAAUAUCUUCGUGUUGAAUGGGAUCAACUUCAGCAACAGCAAGCUCACCUCGAACGUCAGCCACCCGGGGAUCAACAGCAGCUCCUGAUCUACCAACAGCAGCGUCGGCUCCAUCAACAGCAGUUUCAGCUGUGUCUGGACAAGGUCAUGAAGCACAAAGCGCAAGUCCGUGAAUACCGGUCUCAGCGACAGCAUCAAAUGCAGCAGACCCAUCCAUUCCCAACCGCAGCGGGUCCACAGGUUCAGCAGGCCACCCCCCACAUGCAGGGAAUUUAUCAUACCCCUCCCAAUACCAAUGAGCGCAUGCAGUCUGCGAUGCAGCAGACCCAGCAAUACCAAGCUACAGCAACUCAGCAGGUUCAGCCCACCCAUCAAAUGCAGGGGGUUUAUCCCACCCCUCCCAAUGAGCGCGUGCGAUCUUUGAUGCAACAAACCCAACAACGCCAAGCUACAGAGGCCCAGCAGGUCCAGCAGCCCGCCUACCAUAUGCAAGCAGUCCAUCACACCCCUUCCAAGGAGCGCAUGGCGUCUGUGAUCCGACUAUCCCAGAAACUUCAAGAUUCAGUGGCUCAGCAGCAGCAGCCCACCUUGUACCAAACUCCUUUUAAGGCGCGCGUGCAGUCUGCCAUGCGGCAAACCCAGCAACUCCAUGCCUCAGCGGCCCAGCAGGUUCGGCGACCCACCCAACAAAUGCAGGGACCUUAUUACACCCCUACCCAGGAGCACAUGCAGUCUGUUUCUUCCCUUUCUGCCGCUUCGCCUAAGAAGAGAACAUUCGAGUUUGCGGAGAACAUCGUGCCUACCAAUUUUGUGGCCAACCCAAACAACCAUGCCCGGUGGACUGUUAGCCCCAAUGGCGACCGUACCUACCUGAAUGGACCCCAGGCGAAGAAGGCACGAGUUUCUACUAAGUAG